AUGGAGAGGUCCAGCGGCUCUCCGCUACGGGCCAGCUCCCUCACACUCAACACCUUCUACUCCAACAAGGAGAUCUUCCUGAAGAAGCUCAUCUCCAACACCUCUGACAUGAGCCCAGGCCCCACUUGCCCUGCGCUGGAUAAGAUCCUCUCUGAGAUCCUGACUGAUCCCUCAAAGCUGGACAGCAGUAAGGACCUCAGGACUGACAUAGUCCCCAACCCCCAGGACCACACGUUCACCCUGGUGGACACUGGCAUUGGGAUGACAAAAGCGGACCAUAACAACCUGGGUACUAUUGCCAAAUCUGGUACCAAAGCCUUCAUGGAAGCCCUGCAGAAGGAUGUCUCCAUGAUUGGGCAGUUUGGUGUGGAUUCCUAUUCUGCCUAUCUAGUGUCUGAGAAGGUUGUUGUCAUUACCAAACACAAUGAUGAUGAGCAGUAUGCUUGGGAGUCAUCAGCUGGGGGUUCCUUCACUGUCUGAACUAACCAUGGUGAGCCCAUUGGUUGGGGCACCAAAGUGAUCCUGUAUUUGAAGGAGGACCACACAGAGCACUUGGAAGAUCGGCGUGCCAAAGAGGUGGUGAAGAAGCACUCCCAGUGCAUUGUCUACCCCAUCACACCCUGUCUGGAGAAGGAGCCUGAGAAAGAGAUCAGUGAUGAUGAGGCAGACGAGGAGAAAGGUGAGAAUGAAGAAGAAGAGUCAGCAUCUGAAGAUGAGGAGAAACCCAACAUCAAAGAUGUGGGCUCUGAUGACAAUGAGGAGGAGGGAGACAAAGGCAAGAAGAAAAAGACCAGAAAAAUCAAGGAGAAAUAUAUUGACCAGGGGGAGCUAAACAAGACCAAGCCUAUUUGGACCCACAACCCUGAUGACAUCACCCAACAGGAGUAUGGGGAGUUCUACAAAAGCCUCACCAACAACUUGGAGAACCACCUGGCUGUUAAGCACUUUUCCAUGAAAGCACAGCUGGGGUUAAUCCUACGCCACGCCCCUUUUGACCUCUUUAGGAACAAGAAGAAGAACCUUAAGCUGUAGGUGAGGCAUGUCUUCAUCAUGGACAGCUGUGACGAGCUCAUCCCUGAGUACCUAAGAAGGAACUUCAUCCAGAGUGUUGUGGACUUGGAGGACCUGCCUCUGAACAUCUCUCAUGAGAUGCUCCAGCAGAGCAAGAUCCUCAAGCUGAUUCGCAAAAACAUUGUGAAGAAAUGCUUGGUGCUCUACUCUGACCUGGCAGAGGACAAAGAGAACUACAAGAAAUUUUAUGAGGCCUUUUCCUAGAAUCUGGAGAUGAGCUGGCUGGGCAUCCACCAGGAGUCCACCAACCGAAGGGGCCUUUCGGAGCUGCUUUACCACACGUCCCAGUCAGGGGAUGAGGUGACUUCGCUUUCAGAGUACAUGUCCCAUAUGAAGGAGACCCAGAAGAGGAUGAGCUACUACAUCACAGAGGAGAGCAAGGAGCAGGUUGCCAACUCAGCCUUUGUGGAGCCUGUGCAGAUGUGUGGCUUUGAGGCUGUGUACAUGAUGGAGCCCACUGAUGAGCACUGUCUGCAGCAGCUCAAGGAGUUUUGUGGCAAGACCCUGGUAUCAGUCACUUAUCAGUGGUUGGAGCUGCCUGAGGAUGAGGAGGAGAAAAAGAAGAUGGAGGAGAGCAAGGCCAAGUUCAAGACCCUCUGCAAACUCAUGAAGGAGAUCCUGUACGAGAAGGUGAGCUGGGUAACUAUCUCAAACGGGUUGGUCUCAUCUCCCUGCUGCACUGUCACCAGCACCUAUGGCUGGACAGCCAACACAGAGCACAUCAUGAAGGCUCAGGCGCUGUGGGACAACUCUAUCAUGGGCUAUACGAUGGCCAAGAAGCACCUGGAGAUCAAACCUGACCACCCAGUUGUGGAAACCCUCCGCCAGAAGGCUGAUGCUGCCAAGAAUGACAAAGCUGUCAAGGAACUGGUGGUGCUGCUCUUCGAGACUGCUCUGCUGUCCUCAGGUUUCUCCCUAGCAGAUCCACAGACCCACUCCAACCACAUCUACAGGAUGAUCAAACUGCGGCUUGAUGACAGAGAGGCCUGGGGCAUCACCUCUGAUUCAUCUGCCCCUUACAGCCAGCUCAUGCUCUACAAGCAGGAUUUGUCACCCUUGGCCACAGUGGCCUAG